AUGGAACUUAUCAAUAAUAUUGCAAGAGCUCAUGGUGGUUACUCUGUGUUUGCUGGUGUAGGGGAGCGUACUAGAGAGGGUAAUGAUUUGUAUCAUGAGAUGAUAACGACUGGUGUUAUUGAUCUCAAGGGUAAUAAUUCCAAGGUGUCCCUCGUGUAUGGACAGAUGAACGAGCCACCUGGUGCUCGUGCUCGUGUUGCUUUGACAGGUUUGACGGUUGCUGAAUAUUUCCGUGAUCAAGAAGGUCAAGAUGUGCUAUUAUUCGUCGACAACAUUUUCAGAUUCACUCAAGCUGGUUCUGAAGUGUCUGCGUUGUUAGGUCGUAUUCCCAGUGCUGUCGGUUACCAACCCACUUUGGCCACUGAUAUGGGUAGCAUGCAAGAACGGAUCACCUCCACUCGUAAAGGAUCAAUUACUUCAGUGCAGGCGAUCUAUGUUCCUGCCGAUGAUUUGACGGAUCCUGCGCCGGCCACUACAUUCGCUCACUUGGAUGCAACUACUGUAUUAAGUCGCGCCAUUGCCGAGUUGGGUAUUUAUCCUGCUGUCGAUCCUCUUGAUUCCAAUAGUCGUAUUUUGGAUCCUAACAUUGUAGGCGAGGAGCAUUACUCUGUAGCUCGUGGUGUACAAAAGAUCCUGCAGGAAAAUCGAUCACUGCAAGAUAUUAUUGCAAUUUUGGGUAUGGAUGAAUUAUCUGAAGAAGAUAGGCUGACAGUUUCACGUGCUCGAAAAAUACAAAGGUUCUUGAGUCAACCUUUCCAAGUAGCAGAAGUUUUCAUUGGUCGUGAAGGAAAGUUAGUAUCUUUAAAGGAUUCUAUUAGGGGUUUCAAGAUGAUCAUUAACGGUGAGUUGGAUCACAUACCUGAAGCUGCGUUCUUCAUGGUUGGAGCUAUCGAAGAUGUUCUGGAAAAAGCUGAGCAGCUGGCAAAAGAAAGCUCAUAA